AUGAUAUCUCUUCCCAAGGCAAUUGUUGUUGGAGCCACUGGCUACAUUGGCCAAUCUACUUUGAGUUCUUUGGUUUCCCGUCAUGGGGACAAACUCCAGAUCUUUGCAGGAAGCAGGGACCCAUCCAAGGUUUCCAUGGAGGGAGUUGAAUCCAUCAAGGCUGACAUGGGUGACAAAGAUCAGUUAACUAAUGUGUUGAAGGGAUUUGAUCAUGUGUUCUUGGUCAUCCCUGGCCACCAUGAACGCACCAAGCUUGGUCUGAACGGAUUGGAGGCUGCCAAGGCUGCUGGUGUGAAGCAUGUUCUCUUGUUGUCUGUUCUUACUGCUGAGACUGACACCAUUUUUGGCCGUCAGUUCAAGCCUUUGGAAGACAGGGCCAAGGAAAUUGGCAUUGGCUACACCAUCAUUCGCCUCCCACUUUUCAUGGACAACUACUAUGCCCAUGCUCAAUCGAUCAUAGACCAGGAUACAUUCUAUGUCCCUCAUGCUGCCGACAAGAAGCACACACCUGUCUCUGUGGCGGAUGCUGGAAAAGCUGCUGCUGAUAUCUUGGCAUCUCCUGAGAAGCACACUGGACAGACAUACAAGCUGGUGUCUCCAUCCUUCAGUAUGAAUGAUGUGGCUGCUGCCUUUUCUUGGGCUCGUCGUUUUCCUGUCAAAAUGACACAGGUCCCUUAUGAGGCUGCAAAGAAAGCAUUCAUGGGUAUGGGUUUCCCUGAAUGGCAAGUUGAUGGCAUCAUGGAACUCUACAAGUUGGUUGAUGAGGAGAGCAGUGUCACCAAUGAGAAGAAGACAGGAGAUAUUGAGCACAUCACUGGAGAAAAGCCUAUGACCAUUGAUCAGUGGGUGAAUAUGAACAAAGCAGGCUUUGGUGUCAUGGAGUGUUAG